AUCCCAAACACACAGCCUCGCCUCAACAACAGUCCCGAGCCUGGAUCACAACGCGAUUCUCCACAUUUUACGCGGUUAUGAAUCUCUUACUCUCCGACGACUAUCUCCUCCAAGACUACCCCGAAAACAUCACCAACACCAUCCGAUCAGGCCACUCGACAUGCGUGCGAUUCAACCGCAAGGGCGACUUUCUCGCCUCAGGGCGCGUUGAUGGCACCGUCGUCAUAUGGGAUCUGGAGACUAUGGGCGUGGCGCGCAAGCUGAGGGGCCACUCCAAGAACAUCACCUCACUGAGUUGGUCUCGAUGCGGCCGCUAUCUGCUCUCGGCAUGUCAAGGCUGGAAGGCCAUUCUCUGGGACCUGCAGGACGGGAAACGCCACCGCGAGGUGCGUUUUCGUGCUCCCGUCUAUGGCGCCGAGCUGCAUCCCUGGAAUCACCACCAGUUUGUCGCUGCCCUCUUCGAGGACCAACCGAUGCUCGUCGACAUCACGGACCCCGCUGACGUGCGGUAUGUCCUGCCCUCCGUCGUGAAGAGGCCCAAUACGGAGACCGAUGCGGCUGUGAGGGAGAAGCACGCCAAGGAGGAUGCGAAACACAUGACGACGGCCAUCGUGUACACGGCUGCGGGAGACCACCUCUUGGCUGGCACCACGAAGGGACGCCUCAACGUUAUCGACGCGAAGACGCGCGAAAUCAUUUACUCGGAAAAGAUAGCGAGCGGCAUUAUCACAACGCUGCGGCUUACGGAGUCGGGCAAGGAGCUCCUGGUUAACGCCCAGGACAGGAUAAUACGAACCUUUAUCGUGCCAAACCUCUCUACGGCAGAUCUCGACCUGGACACGAUACAAAUACCCCUUGAACACAAGUUCCAAGACGUCGUCAACAGGCUAUCGUGGAAUCAUGUGGCCUUCAGUGCCACAGGCGAGUACGUUGCGGCAUCGACAUAUAACAAUCACGAGCUCUACAUCUGGGAACGUGGGCAUGGCAGUUUGGUGCGUAUGUUGGAGGGGCCGAAGGAGGAACAGGGGGUCAUUGAAUGGCACCCGCACCGCGCUUUACUCGCGGCAUGCGGUCUGGAAACGGGCAGGAUCAAUAUCUGGUCCGUCACGAGCCCACAGCGGUGGUCGGCCCUCGCGCCCGACUUUGUCGAGGUCGAAGAGAACGUCGAGUAUGUGGAGAAGGAGGACGAGUUUGACAUUCACCCGCAAGAGGAAAUUCAAAAGCGGCGACUCGACCAGGAAGACGAGGAUGUUGAUGUCCUGGCUGUGGAAAAUAGCGCCGGGCUCGAAGACGAUGUAGACGCGUUUCGGAUGCCGAUACUCUUCAAUUUGGGGGAAUCGGACAGCGAAGAAGAAUUCGUAAAUGUGUCGCUUGGGACAUUACGAAGAAAGAGUCCUGGAGACCAGGACGAAGGGGAAAUGACAGGCGAGGAAAAGGGAACGGGGAAGAAAACAAGUGGAGCUGGACGUGGUCGAGGCAGGAAGAAGUAAAUGCGAACAUGUGCCUUGGCAGUUUCAGGUUUCAGCGACCGACCCAGGUAAAAAUAUGUGAAUCAGUGUGUGAUGCUUAUCAGCCACACACGUGAACCCGAACAAUGAUGCCAAUACAGGUUACUGUGUAGUGUGCAACCGGUGAAUACAACGUGAGAUAAG